CAGUUUCAAUCACAAAACACGCACAAAAGUAGUCAUUGGGUGGUCAGUUAACAAAUAUACAAAUAUAUAAUAACUUUCCAAUUUUCAUUUACUCUUCUUCUCCCCUCAAAAACCCCUUUUAGCCUCUUCAAUUUUCAACACCACCAAAGAAAAAGCUACAUACAUACAUACAUACCUAGAAAAUGGCUGAUGAAGGCACAGCUACUUGCAUUGAUAUCCUCUUGGCCAUUAUUUUGCCUCCUCUUGGUGUUUUCCUCAAGUUUGGUUGCCAGAUCGAGUUUUGGAUUUGUUUGUUGCUGACCCUUUUCGGCUAUCUCCCUGGGAUUAUUUAUGCUGUCUAUGCCAUCACCAAGUGAACUUCAAUCUUUGUGGAGGUGUGACCUGUGAACGGCAAUAUGUCUUUUGUUUUUCUGAUUUGGGGUUCGUUAAUAGCCGUUGAUGGACAGUUGAUUCUUCAUUCUGUGUGUCAAAGUGUUUAAGAUUUUCUUUUCUUUUUCUUUUUCUUUUCCCUCUUUUUUGUUUUUUAAUCUGAUGUAAAGGUGGAAUACUGGUUAUGUGAUUAAGACUUUGACGAAUGGUGGGUACCAUUCGUCAUAUUAGUGUUUCUUAGAACCUAUUCUUAUUUUAAUGUGAUUUGUGUUCUUUUUCAACCAAUUUGUCUAUGGAGAAAUGAUUUUUGAGU